AUGGCCAGUUGGGUGCUCUCAGAAUGUGGGCUCAAGCCACUUCCAAGAAUCUAUGCAAAACCAAGAACUGUCCAACCUUUCUUGAAUUCUAACCCCUCCACCGUUAGAAUUUCAAGAAAAAGUCGUGGAAAUGGUUUUUCGUUUUCUUUGUCAAGUGGGUUUAGGGAGAGAAAUUGGGGUUUGAAGGUGAGUGCACCAUUGAGGAUUCAGCCAGUGGAAGAAAAUAAAGAAGAGGGAAAAAUCCUCAAUGGGGAUGAAUCUUUUGACCUUGGUGCUCCACCCCCAUUUAAAUUGACCGAUAUUAGAGCAGCAAUUCCUAAACAUUGUUGGGUUAAGGAUCCUUGGAAGUCUAUGUCCUAUGUUGUUAGGGAUGUUGUGGUAGUUUUUGGAUUAGCAGCUGUGGCUGCUUAUUUUAACAACUGGGUUGUUUGGCCUUUGUAUUGGUUUGCUCAGGGGACUAUGUUCUGGGCUCUUUUUGUUCUUGGUCAUGACUGUGGGCAUGGAAGUUUUUCAAAUAAUCCAAAGCUGAAUAGUGUAGCAGGACAUCUUCUUCAUUCUUCAAUUCUUGUCCCAUACCAUGGAUGGAGAAUUAGCCACAGGACUCAUCAUCAGAACCAUGGCCACGUCGAGAAUGAUGAAUCGUGGCAUCCAUUAUCUGAGAAGAUUUACAAGAAUUUGGAUAAUGUUACCAAGAAAUUGAGGUUCACAUUGCCUUUCCCCUUGCUUGCAUACCCUAUCUAUCUGUGGAGUAGAAGCCCUGGGAAAACAGGCUCUCAUUACCACCCAAACAGUGAUUUGUUUGUUCCAAAUGAGAGAAAAGAUGUGAUUACCUCAACAGCUUGUUGGACAGCUAUGGUUGCAAUUCUUGCAGGGUUAUCUUUCAUUAUGGGUCCUGUUCAAUUGCUCAAACUCUAUGGCGUGCCAUACUUGAUUUUCGUGAUGUGGCUGGACUUAGUUACCUACUUACAUCACCAUGGCCAUGAUGAGAAACUUCCUUGGUACAGGGGAAAGGAAUGGAGUUAUCUUCGAGGGGGACUUACGACACUUGAUCGUGACUAUGGAUGGGUCAAUAACAUCCAUCAUGACAUAGGAACCCAUGUCAUACAUCACCUCUUCCCGCAAAUCCCACACUAUCAUUUAGUUGAAGCAACCGAAGCAGCUAAGCCGGUGCUAGGUAAGUACUAUAGGGAGCCAAAGAAAUCAGGGCCUCUUCCAAUUUAUUUGCUGGGAGUUCUUAUAAGAAGCAUGAGAAAGGAUCACUAUGUGAGUGACACUGGAGAUAUUGUAUAUUAUCAAACUGAUUCUCAGCUAUAG